AUGGGUGAGGCUACUACUGAAGCCCCUGCAGAUGAGUUUACUACUGGAGCCCCUAUAGACGAGUCCACUAGUGAAGCCCCUGUAGAUGAGUCCACUACUGAGGCCCCUGUAGAUGAGUCCACUAGUGAAGCCUCUGUAGAUGAAUCCACUACUGAGGCCCCUGUAGACGGGUCUACUACUGAAGCCUCUGUUGGUGAGUCCACUACUGAGGCCCCUGUAGACGGGUCUACUACUGAAUCUCCUGUAGACGAGUCUACUACUGAAGCCUCUGUUGGUGAGUCCACUACUGAGGCCCCUGUAAACGAGUCCACAACUGAAGCUCCUGUGGAUGAGUCUACAACUCCUACAGCCACCCUGACUGAGUCUAUGACUACUGGAGCCUCUUCAAUGGUGUCCACCACUGAAUCCUCUAUGAUGGAGGCUACUAGCACUGGAGCUCCGGUAGUUACCAGUGCGCCUCCGAUUGGCGACUUCACUGAUGUUCCUCCCAUCCUCCCAUAA